AUGAAGGAAAGUGUUGGAAACCCUUUGCACUUGAAAUCUGUGAAUCAUAUUUCACUCAUAUGCAAAUCAGUUGAAGAAUCAAUGGAUUUUUACGUGAAUGUUCUUGGUUUUUUCCCAAUUAGAAGGCCCGGUUCUUUUAAUUUUGAUGGAGCAUGGCUAUUUGGGUUUGGGAUUGGUAUUCAUUUGUUGGAAGCUGAGAAUCCAGAGAAAUUACCAAAGAAAAAAGAAAUUAAUCCAAAGGAUAAUCACAUAUCUUUUCAGUGUGAGAGCAUGGGAGCAGUUGAGAAAAAGCUGAAAGAAAUGGAAAUCGAUUAUGUAAGAGCAAUAGUAGAAGAAGGUGGAAUUCAAGUGGACCAGUUAUUUUUCCAUGACCCAGAUGGGUUCAUGAUUGAGAUAUGCAAUUGUGACAGUCUUCCUGUGAUUCCACUAGCUGGUGAGGUGGCAAGAUCAUGCUCUCAUUUGAAUCUUCAACUCAUGCAGAAUCAGAGUCAGCAACAACAACAGAUACAUAAGAUUAUCAAAUGA